AUGAAUACUGUAAGGCUAUACAGUUCUCAGCGGUCUUUUCCGCGAAGAUUGGCCGCUAGGUUAAUGAGUCCUCCUAAGGGAACCCCACAGGCCUCUGGAUGGAAGCUUUGGCUUACCUAUGCCCAAAGUAAUGCGAGGAAUAGAAUAGCGAGUUUGCAGGAGAAAAUAAUGCAAGACGUUCAAACCGAGGGUUCCAAAGAACAAACAUUAGUUAUGGGCGAAAUAAAUCAACUGCACUUUAGAAACGCGAAGGCUACGAUCAAAACUCCCACUUUGUUACUACAUGGUUAUGCAGCUUCAUCCAUGGCAUUUCAUAGAAACUUUGAGGGACUGUCCAAAUCAAUAAAAGACUUGUAUGCUAUCGACCUGCCGGCGAACGGUCUUUCUCCGACGCAACCCCUCAACAUUAAGUGCUCCGAACCACUUCCUCUGAAGGUACAAAUAACAAAGACAACUUUCAGGCUUCCGUACACUCUCGAGCACCUUCAUCACAAAAGCUUAAUUCAAAAUUAUGAGGAUUAUUAUUUGGACGCGUUGGAACAAUGGCGCUACGAUAACAAAUUAGGACCUGUGAACAUUGUGGCUCACUCAUUUGGAGGGUACUUAUCUUUCAAAUACGCUAUAAAGUAUCCCCACGCUGUAAAGAAAUUAUGUCUAGUCUCACCUUUAGGAGUUGAACGGAAUAUAUUCUCCAUAAACAACCAGUGGAGAAGCAAUCAUAACUACAAGCUAAAUUUUGAAGACCCGGCUUCAAAGUUUUACCUUCCGCAAAGACCGGCGAUUCCUAAAGCCAUUUUCGAGUCGCAAACAAAGUUUCUAAGAAAUUUGGGACCCUUCGGUGCAAAACUGUGCUGGAACUACAUUAUUUCCGCAUAUUCCAGGGUUCCAAGCCUCGAGUACAAGAAAUACAUCUUUGCAAUGUUUUACGGCAAGGAUGGCAUGAGCCAGACUUCGAAGGAUGUAUUUACGGGCCUUUUUACCAACAGACUCCUCGCACGCGACCCAUUGCUAGACUGUCUUUCACAUCUGAAGACAGAUAAGUUACUCUUACUUUAUGGAGAUCACGACUGGAUGAAUCGCAGAGCAGGGCUGGCGUUAGCUAAGGAAGCCGAAGAGAUAGGGAUCACUGCCGAUUACAGUGAAGUAUCAUCUUCUGGCCACAAUUUGUUUCUAGACAAUCCAGAGGAGUUCAAUCAACAAGUAGUUCAGUUUCUCAGCAAGUAA